GCGCCUGCAGCCAGCCCCGCUGCCGCUUCCCAGCGCCGGCACCAUGGCCCGGAGCCUGGACAACAUCGACCUGGCUGCGCUCAGGGACCCAGCAGGGAUAUUUGAACUGGUUCAAGUAGUUGGAAAUGGGACAUAUGGACAAGUCUAUAAGGGCCGCCACGUUAAGACAGGACAACUAGCAGCGAUCAAAGUUAUGAAUGUUACUGAGAAUGAGGAGGAAGAAAUCAAACUGGAAAUCAAUAUGUUAAAGAAAUACUCUCAUCACCGGAAUAUUGCAACGUAUUACGGAGCAUUUGUGAAGCAGAGUCCUGCAGGCCAGGAUGACCAGCUGUGGUUGGUGAUGGAAUAUUGUGGAGCUGGCUCUGUAACAGAUUUGGUAAAGAAGACAAAAGGAAACUGUUUCAAGGAGGACUGGAUUGCAUAUAUCUGCAGAGAGGUUCUCAGGGGCUUGGCACACCUUCACACUAAUCACGUUAUUCACCGAGAUAUUAAAGGACAGAACGUUCUCUUAACUGAAAAUGCCGAAGUAAAACUAGUGGAUUUUGGGGUAAGCGCUCAACUGGAUAGGACGAUUGGGAGAAGAAAUACGUUCAUUGGAACUCCUUAUUGGAUGGCGCCCGAAGUCAUAGCUUGCGAGGAGAACCCUGACUCAACUUACGAUUACAGAGUGAGUCUGGCCCAGUGGGGUCUCACCUCUAUAGAAAUGGCAGAAGGAGCUCCUCCCCUCUGUGAUAUGCAUCCCAUGAGAGCGCUCUUCCUCAUUCCACGAAACCCGCCCCCAAAGCUGAAAUCCAGAAAAUGGUCCAAGAAAUUUCUUAAUUUUGUUGAAAGUUGCCUCGUUAAAAAUUACUUGCAUCGUCCCUCUACUGAGACUUUGCUUAAGCAUUCCUUUAUUCGAGACAUGCAGAAUGAGCGGCACGUGCGCAUCAUGCUGAAAGACCACCUGGACAGGACCAGGAAGAAAAGGGGAGAGAAAGAGGAAACAGAGUAUGACUACACUGGAAGUGAGGAAGAAGAUGAUGAACUGGAUGAAGAUGAAGGAGAACCAAGCUCUAUAGUUAAUCUCCCCGGUGAAUCGACGCUCCGCCGUGAAUUUCUGAGGCUGCAACAGGAGAACAAAAAUCGGUCUGACCCUCAUCGACAGCAGCCGCCACUGAAGGACCAGGAGAAAUACAAAAAGCAGCUGCUGGCAGAGCGACAGAAACGAAUCGAGCAACAGAAAGAGCAGAGGAAGAGGCUGGAGGAUCAUCAGAAGAGAGAACAAGAGCUCCGAAAGCAGCAAGAAUGUGAGCAGCAAUGGCCAGAGAUUAAGGCAGUUCAGCGGAGAGAUGAGAAGUAUGAAGAUGACCCCAGAAUUGUGGACGAGGAAAUGUGCAAGGGGGAUGGGCAGAGGAAACUAGAAAGAAAGCAGAAGAAGGCGGAAGACGUGCAACCCAGUAAGAAGUUACAUCGGACUCUGCCCAAAGAUCAGACCCAACUGCUGUCUCUGCAGCACGACCACAGGCAAAAGAAGAAAGAGCUUCCAAAGAGCUCGAGUUCAGCGGCACCACCUCUGCCAAGCUGUACAAGCAAAGAGGCCGAGGACAGAAAGAAGAAAAAUGAAGGGGUGAAGGCUCCUCUCCACCGGGUAGCCGUUCAUGACCACGAAGCCACGCCACAUGCCAGACUAGGCUCUGGCAGUAGUUCUAGUCCUUGCACCCCAGCUUUGCAAAGAGCUGUUCUUGCACAGAGUGAAAACCUCCGGACUAGUAGAGACAUUUGCCACAGCAGUUCACUGUCAGACAUGGUGGGAACACCAAUGAGCCUAGGACAGGAUGAUGUGUUCUGGAGUGAAGAGCAGCCUCCAAAGGUUCCAGAAAGGACAACCUCCAAAUUUUACAGCAGGGAUCAUCUUGGCCAUCAAAAAGGUCCUUCAAGCAACGUGCACCAGGCAUCCCCCGGGGGACGUGCUCUGAAACUAAGCAGCAACAGCAGCAGCUCUCCUGGAAGCAGGCAAGGGGCGAUAGGAGCUCAUCUCAGCAAGAGAUCAACCUCAGGAUCGUCCAAGGCAGAGAACCCACCGUCCCAGAACCGGCGACCACAGUGCCAGAAGUCUGAAAAUGCUCCUCACCCUGCCCAGUUUUCAAGUCCAGCCUUCUUUGCCAAGGGGAAAGACGGUGCCAACUCGUUCUCCACGGCAACAGAAUAUUCUUCGUCCAGCGAUGAACUGGUCAGCAGUGACGAUGACGAGAUGAUUCACACCAGGCAACUGCUCAGUAAUGGAAUGGCAGAUUUCUCAAGGACAAGAGUUCCAGAUGGAAUUGAACUGAAACCCCAAAGCAUUGUGAUAGAACAGAAGAAUCAUAUUGCAGGGAAACAAAGCUGUAGCACCAAGGAAGGACUCUGGAGCAUACAGAACCAGAACUAUCUCCUGCCUGAUCUCCUACAGCAAAGCCAAAUUUCAGACUCCUCAGCAAACCAGCAAAAAGUUACCCAAAAUAGUCAAGGAGCUCAGAAUAAAUCCACAUCCAGUGCUGAAAGUACGCCUUCAAAGGGCAGUUCAUCAUCUACAACAUCCUUUACUCCGUUCAUAGAUCCCAGACUACUACAAAUCUCACCUCCCAGCAGUCCAGUUGGACCUACUUGUAACUCUCCAUCUAGCCCCAAACUAGAGCCAGUUAGGAGACAGAAUGCAAGGAAAGGCUCUGUUGUCAAUGUCAACCCGACAAAUAUCCGGCCACAGAGUGACAGUCCAGAAAUUCGCAAGUACAAGAAGAAAUUCAAUUCUGAGAUCCUGUGUGCUGCUCUGUGGGGAGUGAAUUUACUGGUGGGGACAGAGAAUGGGCUGUGGCUGCUGGAUCGAAGUGGACAAGGAAGGGUUUACUCGCUGAUCACAAGGAGACGAUUCCAGCAAAUGGAUGUUCUGGAAGGACUCAAUGUGCUAAUUACCGUAUCAGGGAAAAAGAAUAAGCUGAGGGUGUAUUAUUUAUCCUGGCUGAGGAACAAGAUCUUGCGCAAUGACCCGGAGGUGGAGAAGCGGCAAGGCUGGAUGUCCGUGGGAGACCUGGAGGGCUGCGUGCACUACAAAGUCGUGAAAUAUGAGAGAAUCAAAUUUCUUGUUAUUGCUUUGAAAAGUUCCGUGGAGGUGUACGCUUGGGCUCCAAAGCCCUAUCACAAAUUUAUGGCUUUUAAGUCAUUCACUUCGCUUCAUCACAAACCAUUGUCAGUUGAUCUGACAGUUGAAAAUGGACAAAGAUUAAAAGUGAUCUAUGGCUCGCUAGUGGGAUUUCACGCUAUCGAUGUGGACUCUGGGUCUGUGUAUGACCUGUACUUGCCAACUCAUAUCCAAGGGACUAUUCACCCUCAUGCCAUUGUCAUCCUCCCCAACACCAAUGGAACGGAACUCCUACUCACCUACGAAGAUGAAGGAGUUUACAUUGAUAUAUAUGGGCACUUCACAAAGGAAACUGUUCUCCAGUGGGGGGAAAUGCCAGCGUCUGUAGCUUAUCUUCAGUCCAACCAAGUCAUGGGUUGGGGAGAGAAGGCCAUCGAACUGCGCUCUGUGGAAGCAGGAAAUUUGGAAGGUGUAUUUAUGCACAAGAAAGCCCAGAAGCUAAAAUUUCUAUGUGAAAGAAAUGACAAGGUAUUCUUUGCAUCUGUACAGUCUGGGGGCAGCAGUCAAAUUUACUUUAUGACACUUGGACAAAAUGUUCUAUUCAACUGGUAAAUCACAUCAGAAUGAAAGAUGCUUUGAAGGUUCCCACUAGAUACGAGCAGUGUAAAAUGCUGGAAGGUUAUACACCUGAAUUUGCACUUUUUACCUACAAAAAUCUGGUCAUUAUUAAUUUAUCAAAAUUCAUAUUCCUUCAGUUGUGGAAGAAUUUUAUUCUCUUAUCAAACUAUUGCAUAUAUGCUUAGUUCCAUCUUCUAAAAACAUGGUGCAAAGCAAGACUGAAUUCCAUAGCAAAAGAGCCAUUGUCAUCGAAAAUGUAGCCAAUAUAACUAAUUCCUUGUACUCUGAAAAGUGUACAGUUUCUUUUGCACAAACAUUGUAAUUUUAUUCUUUUGAACUUGAGUAUUUCUCUAUGGAUAGCAAUAUCUAUAUGUAGAUUUAUAGUAUAAAGUACACAAAUAUGUUAUGUGCUGCAAUUCCUCUAGUUUUCAAUUAUUUUUGCUUUUCUCUUUCAAUCAUUUUACCCAGAGGCAAUUAUCCAAGUCCGAGAGCCAGUGAAACACCAACUAUUCACAAAGGGGCUUAAUGCAGACUUUAUUGGUUAGGGACUGAUACUGCCCUGUAAGGCAUGGAUGUGCAUCGCUGUAGAGUUGGUAGAGUCGGCUAGUGUACGCAUAGGCACCAGUACAAUAAUGGAGUUUACAAAUGCAUAAUGCUAACUCCUUAUAUGCCUCCGGACAAGAUUGAGCCAUAGACACAGUUACUGUAGAAUAUAUUUGUAAAAUAUUUUAAAUAGCAAUUUGUCCAAACAUAUAUACACCUGAAGCGUUAUGAGCCUGAUCGUGUUCUACUCACACAAGUAGCCUUUACUCAUGGAAGUUGAUUUCCUUUAGACCGUCCAUAUAUAAAUAUAUAUAUAAGGGUAUAGAAUCAGGGGCUCUGUCUUUGCAUGAUACCCCAUCAGGCUUACAUUUGUUGGCUUGUAAAUAUGGUCUUUCCAAAUCGGAUGUCAUGGUUAACAAAAGAAUUGUUAAUAUAGCUAUAAAAUAUCCACAGAACCAAUUUAUUAUAAAUAGAAGAAAGGCUUAAUUUCAGACCCCCUAUUCUAGAUACUUUGUAAUAAAUCCGCACCCAUUAGUAGCGUUUGAGUGUUUCUAUAAUACAAUGCUGUUCUCAGGGGCUUAGUAUCAUAGACAUGACAGGGUUGAAUUUUAAAGGUUAAAUGCACAAUCGUUAUGUAGCUAAUGUUUGUGCAGUGCUUUGGAAAUGUAAAAGUGCUAAAUAUGAUGACAUAUAAUAAUACACUUAAUGCACGAGAUCUCAGUCCAAAACUGAGACACAGUUUAGACCAAACGAUGUGUAAAAAAGAAAUAUCAUUAACUACAGUAUUUUAAAACGGUUACUGUUUCUAACUUGAAAUGUGUGGGACUGGAAGGGGAAGUGGCGUUCAAAUAUCUAGUCUUCUACCUCUACGAUGAUGACUGAAAAUGGACCCAGAUAGAGAGCAAAUGAAAGAUGAUUUCUUUGAAAUUAAGUUAGUGGUCUUGGGGCCAGGGUUUCACAUAGCACCUCCUUGUGAUGAGCUCUCAGGCCUAGAACUAAAUGGGUGGCAUGGAGGCUGGUCACCUCACUCCUCUCCUGAGGAUGAGCCUGGGAGGUAUGCAGACAGGGUAGCACUGGCAAUGCAUGCACUGCUCUCUGCAAGUUCUUUGACUAACUGGAGGACUGCAGUCUCCGUGGCUAUCAGUCCAGCAUAUUUCAUAAGGAUUAGUUCUUCUCACAUUGUAUAAUGCAGUUUUUAAAAUGUAAAUAUUCCCUUCUCAAAUAUGCAAGUAUUUAUUUACAACAGCAUUUAAAACUAAGGCCGUGCUGAAGAUGAGUGGCCAUUUGCACACCAGAAAGGCCAACUUUGUGCCCAAAUUUAGGCUCUUUUCCACAGUGGGUUGGGAUUGCCAUGCCCAGGCAAACCUCCAUUUAAAUCAGCGAGUCUCUGUGCAGCCACAUGACUCCACUAUCUGCUAUCAAUUGCAGGGUUGAGGCCGUAACUAAUUGCAAAAUUGCCCCCCCCCCAAAAAAAAGUCCUGGGUUUCUGUGCUACUGAACAUUGGGCUCCUUUUGCUCAGCUUUCAAAAAAUAAAGAAAAAGAGAAAAAGUUGCAAGUUAAUAUAUAAAGCUAAUAGGCCAGCAAUGAACCAAAAAUGUAAUUUACUUUUCAUUUUCUUCUGAAAAGCGGAAAUGCUGUGAAGAAAGGACAGAUUUCAUUAUGUAUCCCGCGGGUGUGCAAAGCCUGCUAUCAAAAUGCUCUUGCUCUCGCACAAAUCAGUGAUCCGGGCUGCCCAGUAUACUUCAAAAUGUGUGCUGAUCAUAUCCGCCUCUGCAUUACAUGGGAGGCAUGUGAUUUCUUAACAUCUUGGUGCCAAGAGCUAGAAGGAAGGUUUUCUUGACCGCCAGGGACUAAUUCAAAAGAGUAUAGCACAUAACAGUGGGAGCUUGGAACAUCCCCGUACCAUGACAUUAAAGAAGCAAAUGUGAUUAAACUUUUUUCAUAUUUAUCGUAACAGAAAAAUAUGACAGUAAGUUGACAGUUUGUAAAACUGUUUAGAGCUGUCCCAAAAAAGAAAAGGUUGAGCUUCUGAGACAGAGAAAGCCUAUGGCUACAUUAAGGCUACGUCUACACUGGCCCCUUCUUCGGAAGGGGCAUGCUAAUUUUGAA